UCUUGACAACCACGAGCCGGAGCAACUACCUUAGGACUUUAUCAAUCACAUCCUAUACGCAACGAUGGCCCCCAAGAAGAACAAGAGAACCGCCGACUCCAUCAACUCGCGCUUGGCGCUUGUGAUGAAGUCCGGAAAGGUCACCCUCGGUUACAAGUCCACCCUCAAGAGCCUUCGCUCCGGCAAGGCCAAGCUUGUCAUCAUUGCCGGCAACACUCCCCCACUCCGCAAGUCUGAGCUCGAGUACUAUGCCAUGUUGUCCAAGACCUCCGUCCACCACUUCUCCGGCAACAACGUACGUACAACCCCGAUCCUCUCAUGGCCUAACGACGAGAUACGCUUGACACGGGGUAUACUCCGAGGGUUGGCUCUGAGAAGAGGUCCGAACACGACUUCGGAGAGCUGCAGACUAACGUGUCGACACAGAUCGAGCUCGGUACCGCCUGCGGUAAGCUCUUCCGCUGCUCCACCAUGUCCAUCCUCGAUGCCGGUGACUCGGACAUCCUGACCCAGAACACCGAGAACUAAGAAGGUUGUUGAAAGGUGCAGGAAGGGGACUAGACUAAAGAAGAUACCUACGUACGGCUUCAAUGCUGGUGCGAUGAUGAUAUCCAAUGAAUGACAAGACUCAAGGCCGAAGGCCGUGAAAGGCUGACCUAACACUUCUU